UUGAAAACGUCGGGCGAUGUUACCAGGGUGGAAAGGACAGGUUAGCUCCGACGCUCCCAACCAACUCCUCACCUCGUCUUCUCCGUCCUCCCACUACUCUUAUUUCCUGUCUCUCUCCCCCUCAGUACUCGCCACUCCAAAGCACACGCAUUUUCUGAUUCUCUUUCUUUUCCGGCAAUGGCCUCCUCCUUCUCCUUCCUCUCUCGUCCUCCUUUCUCCAACGCCUCCAUUUCCUUCUCCUCCUCUCUCUCCUCUGGCUCCCUCCAGCAGCUGUUUCUACCCUCCUCCUCCUACUCGCCCUUUCCCUCCAAUAAUUCUGCGCGGAGGAUUCUCACUGUCCGUUCCAAGAUCAGGGAGAUCUUCAUGCCAGCCCUCAGCUCUACCAUGACCGAGGGCAAGAUCGUCUCCUGGGUCAAGUCCGAGGGCGACCGGCUCUCCAAGGGCGAGAGCGUCGUCGUCGUCGAGUCCGACAAGGCUGACAUGGACGUCGAGACCUUCUAUGACGGCAUCCUCGCCGCCAUCGUCGUCCCUGAGGGUGAGUCCGCCCCCGUCGGUUCCCCCAUCGGCCUGUUGGCAGAAACCGAGGAGGAAAUUGCUGAAGCAAGAGCCAAAGCCGCCUCCAAGUCCCCUCCUUCCACUCCCAAAGCCGUUACUCCCAGCCCUCCGCCUCCCAUUUCCAGUCCAGCUCCUGCAAUUGCUCAGCCUCCGCCUUCGCCAGCUAAGCCAGUCUCGGACGGCCCGAUGAAGAUCGUAGCAACGCCGUUUGCGAAGAAGCUGGCUAAGCAGCACAAGGUCGACAUCGACUCGGUGGUGGGGACUGGGCCGUUCGGCCGAAUCACACCAGCUGAUGUGGAGGCCGCUGCGGGAAUUACGCCUUCGAAGAGUAUGGGAACCAAUGCCGGUUCGAAAAUCGCCGAGACCGUUCCAUUGAAACCCGCCUCUCCUGUGACUGCUCCGCCUCCGAUUCCCGGCUCUACGGUCGUGCCCUUCACGACGAUGCAAGCGGCAGUGUCGAAGAACAUGGUGGACAGCCUAUCCGUACCAACUUUCCGCGUCGGUUAUCCAGUGACGACCGAUGCUCUCGAUGCUCUAUAUGAGAAGGUGAAGCCAAAAGGUGUGACCAUGACUGCGCUGUUGGCCAAGGCUGCAGCAAUGGCACUGGUUCAACACCCAGUUGCCAAUGCGACCUGUAAAGAAGGAAAGAGUUUUACAUACAAUAGCAGCAUAAACAUUGCGGUUGCUGUGGCUAUCGAUGGUGGGUUGAUAACCCCUGUUCUUCAGGACGCAGAUAAGUUGGAUUUGUAUCUGUUAUCUGAAAAAUGGAAAGAGCUGCUGAAGAAGGCCAGAGCGAAGCAACUUCAGCCUAAUGAGUAUAAUUCAGGGACUUUCACUUUAUCCAAUUUGGGCAUGUUUGGAGUGGACAGGUUUGAUGCUAUUCUUCCUCCAGGCCAGGGGGCUAUCAUGGCUGUUGGAGCAUCGAAGCCAACUGUUGUGGCCGAUGCAGAUGGAUUUUUCAGUGUAAAAAGUAAAAUGCUGGUGAAUGUAACAGCUGAUCACCGGAUUGUUUAUGGUGCUGAUUUGGCUGCCUUUCUUCAGACAUUUGCAAAGACUGUUGAGAACCCAGAAAGCCUGACAUUAUAGGUGACAUAUCAGGUUACAAAGAAUUGAAACCUGUUGACUUUCAGUAUCUACUUCCUUAGUGGUGAUGGAUGAUAGUGGUGUCUACUGGAUACAAAGUCUCCCCAGCACUUUUGUUGACGUACUUUGUGUUGUAGUUCAUUGUGUUUUCAAUGGUUUCCGGCACUUUUGCAGACAUUGUUGAGUAGAUUUUGAUAGAGGGGAAUGACUUUGAAGUUUUUGAUAUGAUUCACCAGUUUUGUUAGGAAUUGAGUGAUUUAUAAGGUCAUUUUCUCAGCAUUGUGGGAUCAUGAAAUAUACAUGUGCAUUGGCAGUUAAUAAAACCAGUCAAGUUGGUGUUGGAGCUA